CUACAGUUCCUCCUCUUCCCCACCGGAUCAGACCACACCGCAGCGCCCCCGCGGAGAGCGGCACACGGACAUGGCAGAGCUGGCCAAACACGAAGCAGACAUCGAGCAUCGGACCCAGGCGCUGAAGCGAGAGGGCUUCUGGUCGAUGAAGCGUCUCACUCGCCUGACGGAGCCGCCACGACCCAAAGUUCACUGGGACUACCUGUGCGAGGAGAUGCAGUGGCUCUCUGCCGACUUUGCUCAGGAGCGGCGGUGGAAGAGAGGCGUGGCUCGAAAGGUGGUUCGAAUGGUGAUGAGACACCACGAGGAGCUGAGGCAAAAAGAAGAAAAAGCCAAAAGAGACGAGCACGCUAAAAUCAGAAGAGUUGCUUCUUCCAUCGCUAAGGAGGUGCGGGCUUUCUGGAGCAGCGUGGAGAAGGUGGUUCAGUACAAGCAGCAGUCCAGACUGGAGGAGAAGAGAAAGAAGGCUCUGGACCUGCAGCUGGACUUCAUCGUCGGCCAGACGGAGAAAUACUCGGACCUCCUCAGCAAGUCACUCGCACCCGCCAGGCCCGCUGAAGCCGAAACUGUCCCGCAGACGCCCCCAAAAAUCUGCAGCACCUUCCAGCAGUGUGAAAACAAGUCUGUUCAGCUGUUCUCUCUUGUUUGUGCAGACAGAGACUUUGAGCCUCCGUGUGAGGAGGAGGAUGAUGAGGAGACCAUAGAGGUGGAGGAGCAGCAGGAGGGCAACGACGCCGAGAGCCACCGGAGGGAGAUCGAACUGCUGAAGGAGGAGGGCAUGCUGCCGCUGGACCAGUUACUCAGCACCCUCAAACUGCCACAGGAGUCGGGCUCAGAUGACGAGUGCUCUGAUGAAUCCUCUUCAUCGGCGGAGGAGGAAGAGGAAGAUGGUGAAUUCACUGCCAAUGAAGAGGAUGCUGAGGAUGAGGAGGACACCAUAGCUGCACAGGAGAAGGUCGAGGGAAACGUGGAUCACGCAGAGGAGCUGGAUGAUUUGGCUCGAGAAGGCGACAUGAGUGUCGAGGAGCUGCUGGAGAAGUACAAAGGAGCGUAUGCCUCCGACUUUGAGGCGCCGUCUGCAUCUGGCUCUAAAGAAAGCUCUGAUUCGGAGGUGUCGGGGGACGAGGAGGAGGAGACCGAAGAAGAUGAGAGUGAUGUGGAAAGCAACACUUCCUCCUCAGAUUCACCCGCAGACAGUGCAGACGAAGAUGACAGUGAGAAGGACGAGGAGGAGAGUGAGGAAGAUGAUGAUGAUGAUGACGACUGUGGAGAUGAAGGGAUGGAGGUCUUGUUGAAGGAGGGAGACAAUAGUCCACCUUCCUCCAGCUCGCGGCCGAAGAAAGAGAUCAGCCACAUCGCUGCUACAGCAGAGAGCCUGCAGCCUAAAGGCUACACUCUGGCGACCACAAAGGUGAAGACGCCGAUCCCGUUCCUGCUUCACGGCACGUUACGAGAAUACCAGCACAUCGGACUGGACUGGCUGGUCACCAUGUACGAGAAGAAGCUGAACGGCAUCCUGGCCGAUGAGAUGGGUUUGGGAAAGACCAUCCAGACUAUCGCUCUGCUGGCUCACCUCGCCUGUGAGAAAGGUAACUGGGGCCCUCACCUCAUCAUCGUGCCCACCAGUGUGAUGUUGAACUGGGAGAUGGAGCUGAAACGCUGGUGUCCUGGAUUUAAAAUCCUCACUUACUUUGGCAGCCAAAAGGAGAGAAAGUUAAAGAGACAGGGCUGGACGAAGCCUAACGCUUUCCACGUUUGCAUCACUUCGUACAAGCUGGUGCUGCAGGAUCAUCAGGCAUUUCGACGCAAAUCUUGGCGCUACCUGAUUCUGGACGAGGCUCAAAACAUCAAGAUUAAGUCUCAGCGCUGGCAGAGUCUGCUGAACUUCAACAGCCACCGGCGACUGCUGCUGACGGGAACGCCGCUCCAGAACAGCCUGAUGGAGCUGUGGUCUCUGAUGCACUUCCUCAUGCCGCACGUCUUCCAGUCUCACCGCGAGUUCAAGGAGUGGUUCUCCAACCCGCUGACGGGGAUGAUCGAGGGCAGCCAGGAGUACAACGAGGGCCUCGUCAAGAGGCUCCACAAGGUGCUGAGACCCUUCCUGCUGCGCAGGAUCAAGAUCGACGUCGAGAAGCAGAUGCCCAAGAAAUACGAGCACGUGGUUCGCUGUCGGCUCUCCAAGAGACAACGAUUCCUCUACGACGACUUCAUGGCCCAGGCCUCGACUCGGGAGACUCUUGCCAGCGGUCACUUCAUGUCUGUGAUUAACAUCCUGAUGCAGCUCCGCAAAGUGUGCAACCACCCCAACCUGUUCGACCCUCGACCCAUCCAGUCGCCCUUCAUCACGCAGCCCAUCGUUUUCCACACGGCCUCCCUGGUGCAGGACGCCCUGGAGGUCUCCCCUCUGAAGCGCUGCGACCUUUCUAUGUUUGACCUUGUUGGUUUGGAGAGCCGUGUGUCCCGGUACCAGGCAGACGUCUUCCUGCCGCGCCACAAGGUCAGCCGCCAACUGAUCCAGGAGAUCACGGAGUCCCCCGAUCCGCCUCCGAGACCCAAACCGGUCCGCAUGAAGGUCAACAGGAUGUUCCAGCCGCCUCCGAAAACUGAUAACCGGCCGGUCCUGCUGAUGAACAAACCCACCUGCUCCGUGCCGCCUGCAGCUCAGACCCCCAAACCUCCUCCAGUCGCUGAAGUCACGUCCGCUCCUGCACCUGCUCCUGUCGUUCAGCAAGUGGUGUGUUCAGUUGCAUCCCCGGCGCCCCCCCGCCCGGCCGUGCAUCCUGCGGCUCAAACUGCAGUGAGAUCCAGCGCUCCAAAACCAGUGCUAACUGUGCGGCCUCCCACUGCUUCCUGCACAGCCAGCAUCCCUGCUCAUCCGACCCCAAACCCCGGCAAUGUCCUGCCCCAGAGGGUCCUGCUCAGUCCUGAUAUGCAGGCCAGGUUACCUUCUGGUGAGGUCGUGAGCAUCGCCCAGCUGGCCUCGCUGGCAGGGCGACCCGUGUCGUCCUGCCAGGGCAGCAAACCCGUCACCUUCCAGCUUCAGGGCAACAAGCUGACUCUGUCCGGAGCUCAGAUCCAUCAAGUCCCAGCAGCGUCUCCGCGCCCAGUUCAAGGUAAUGUGAUGCACCUGGUGUCCAGCGGGGUGCAGCACCACCUCAUCAGCCAGCCCGCCCAGGUGGCGGUCCAGAGCGCAGCGAACGCGCAUCCGGCAAACACACAAGUGACGCCCUCCAUGGUGAGCAGCCCCGGCGUCGUGAAGAUCGUCGUGCGUCAGACAGCAGGCAAGGACGGCGGGCCCGUGCCCACUCUGGCUGUGGCCCCUUCCCCUCGUGUUGCUCCUCAGGCAUCCCCCUCCCCGCACCCCCACGCCAACACCACCCCUGUCAGAAACACUGCUCCACUGCAAAUUGCCCAGCGCACCCCCGGUCCCGCUACUGCCCACUACACCAUGGCUCCCCCCGGAAACCCUAGCUCCACCCCGAACCAGCCCCACCCCCCUCGCCCUGUCCUCAAAGUAGUGCAGCCUCCUCCUUCGAGCGCAGAGCAGCCAGCUCCCGUUCAGGUGACCUCCUCGUCCUCUGUGGCAAAGUCUUCAGUGGCACCGCGAGACCCCAGCAGCACUACGACACCAGUUACGACUAAGUCGAGGCCCAGCACAGCUGCAAAAGCUUUCCCUCCACCCAGGAGAGUGCCUCGUCCACCUCCUCGCUCUCCUUUCCACAUGUCUUGGCUGGCAGACAACCUGAAACAGCAGCGCGACAGCCGACUGGACUUCAUCAUUCGAGUCAACGAGAACCACUGUGCCGCAAAGCCCGUGUACGGCCGGGAGGUCUUAGACUUCCUGACUUUCCUCCCCAGUCCCCGUCCCUCGCCAGCCGCCCUGAGCCCUGAGGGGGAGUGGGGCCGCUCGGGCCACAGCAGCGCUCUGUACGCACAGUGGCAACACAAAGACGACUUCUGGUUUCAGAGCCGCGCUGUGAAAGAGGCCAUCAACAGCAUCGACGACAGGCUGGAGCUGCUCAAUGACAUCAUCGACAGGUUUACUUUUGUGAUUCCCCCAGUGGAGGCUCCUCCGAUCUCCAUGCAUUGCUGCCACCCUCCUCCCUCUCUGAGCCACAAGCAGGCCGUCUUCACCUCCUUACUGUCAACUCAAGUCGCUCCGCUCACCCGCAGUCUCCAUCGUAUCCAGUGUUACAUGAGGACCCAGUUCCCGGACCUGAGGCUCAUACAGUAUGACUGUGGUAAGCUGCAGACUCUUCACACUUUGCUGCGAAAGCUGAAGACCGGAGGCCACAGAGUGCUGAUCUUCACUCAGAUGACGCGAAUGUUAGACGUGUUGGAGCAGUUCCUCAACUACCACGGACACAUCUACCUCCGACUGGAUGGCAGCACACGCGUGGAGCAGAGACAGGCCCUCAUGGAGCGCUUCAACGCAGAUCGACGUAUUUUCUGCUUCAUCCUGUCGACUCGCAGCGGAGGCGUCGGGGUGAACCUGACCGGGGCCGACACUGUGGUGUUCUACGACAGCGACUGGAACCCCACGAUGGACGCUCAGGCGCAGGACCGCUGCCACCGAAUCGGCCAGACCAGAGACGUCCACAUCUACAGGCUGAUCAGCGAGCGAACAGUGGAGGAGAACAUUUUGAAGAAAGCCAAUCAGAAGAGGAUGCUGGGAGAUAUGGCGAUUGAAGGAGGAAACUUCACAACUGCCUUCUUCAAACAGCAAACCAUCAGAGAGCUGUUUGAUAUGAAUGACGGGGAGCGGAGGGAGGCGGCGGUGGAGCUCUCUGUGCCUCAAGCUGAGGAGGAGGAGGCUGUCAACAAACAGAGCACCACCAUACUGGAGCAGGCCCUGUGUCGCGCCGAGGACGAGGAGGACAUCGUCGCCGCCUCUCAGGCCAAAGCAGAGCAGGUGGCCGAGCUGGCGGAGUUCAACGAGAACAUCCCUCUGGAUGACGGAGGAGAACAAGAGGAGGUGGAGGAGCUGUCCAAGGCCGAGCAGGAGAUCGCUGCUCUGGUGGAGCAGCUCACUCCCAUUGAACGCUACGCCAUGAACUUCCUGGAAGCCUCAUUGGAAGACGUGUGCAAAGAGGAGCUGAAGCAGGCUGAGGAGCAAGUGGAGGCCGCCAGAAAGGGCCUGGACCAGGCCAAGGAGGAGGGCCUAAAGCUUCACGCUUCAUCCGAUGAUGAAGAGGAUGACUUUUUGUCACCGCCAGCCUCCGUGGAGCCUGCUCAGCCAGCCCGCCGUGGCCGUAAACCCAAGGACAAGGACAAGGUUGUGACCUCUACAAGGACCAGCGGUAGGCUGCGUGGAGCCUCCCCUGAAACUGAGCCUGAGCCCACACCCCUUAGAGAAGUGCCUGAAAGACUCCGCGGUGGUCUGAGAGGACGAGGAGCUGCCAAAGACACUGCGUCUACCACCCCGUCCCGCACAGACCAUCACAAAACCUCCUCAUCAACCAGGCUUCAGGAUUCCUCUAAAUCCUCAAAAGCCUCUUCUCCUGCCAGAGAUCACCAGAACACCAAAACCAGGACUCUGCCAAACCGCUCCCAUCCCAGUCCAGUGCCUUCGCCUCCCACAACCUCCCCCCCUGGAGGGAAACAGCAGUGUGUUGGGGAGACCGACAGCAAGACCUCCAAAGCCUGCAAAGAGGAAAAAGAGGGGGAGAAGGAGAGGAGGGUGUCCGAGUCAUCGCUUGAAUCCAGCUGCCCGGCGGACCAUCAGGCAAAAGAUGAUGACACCAAAGACCACAGCGCCAUGUCUCCCCCCUCAACCAGCUCCCGAUCGCCUCGCAAGCGUCAGUCAGCAGACGGUGAAGUCCUGCGUGGCCUGGUUGAAGACUCCCCAUCCGCCAAAGUCCUGCGGAAGCUCCCAGGGAGGCUGGUCACAGUGGUGGAGGAGAAGGAGCCAAGAAGGAGGCGGCGGCGAGGCAGUGGCACUGGAGGUGGAGCUUCGUCUGAGGAGGCAACCGUGGAGGAGAACACUGCCGGAUUCGUUGACGAACCAAACAAAGACAACACAUCCCCGAGCCCUGACAGCAAAACAAAAGUUACCAGAUCUCCUCAGGACCAAGACUCUACUCCUAUUCCGUCUGUGCAGCCACCGCCUGUCAGAAGUUAUCCUCCAUAUUCCCCGUCCCAUCUUUCUCCGGACAUGCCUGUGCUGAGGAAUCUUCCAGUACGCCGCAGGUUGGAAACUGAAUCGCGCAUGGCUGCUCAGCUGGGAGAGCAGCAUCUGGGUCGGGGAAGAGGAGGAAACCAGGCCAGAAAAACGGACACACCACCAGGCAAAGACGCCACUUCAACCUCUGCAGAGUCCAGUGUGAACUCUCUUGGGGCACCUUUGAAAAGAAAGAGGGGCCGGCCCCCUAAGACUCCCCCAAGGUUACCAGAGUUGGAGAAUACAAUAACGCCUUCCCCACAGCCCAGCUCGCCAACUGAGGAAGGGAAUCCCCCUCACUCCCCAAAACGUAGGAGAGGUCGACCUCGCAAAGACUCCGUAACAAUGUCAGACACUGUCAGUGAAGGACAGGACCCAAAAAAUGAAACUGACACUAUCGAUGUGUCCUGCACAUCAAAAACUGAAGCUAACACAGAGCCAACUGUCUCGCCUCCCAACAAGACCCAUAUAGCUGCUGUAGUAACCACAAGUCAGGCCUCCCAGUCUGCCAAAGCUGAGGAAACAGACACUAAGACUGAGGUUUCAGUCCCUUCUCCAGAUACAGCUCAAGCCCCAACAACAACAGAUAAUGCUCCCGCACCAGCUUCAGUCCAAGCACCCACUGCACCUGCACCCCAGUUGACAGCACCCCUUCCUGUGGUUACCUCAACAUCCAGCUCAGCCCAGCACGUUAGCUCAGCUCCUGCUCCCACUCUAAGCCCAGACACAGCAUCAACCCAAGUGUCCUCUGCAUCAUCUGGCCCACUGUCUACGCCUGCCACCAUCCCAGUCACUGCUUCCCCCACUACAGCACCUCCACUGCCCCCUGCCAGCACCGACACAUCAACUCAUCCAGUUGUGAAACCAACACUUGUGGUUUCCACUGCUUCUGUAGCUCCUUUAGAGCCAAGAUCUUUUACAACUGUGAAAACAACAGCACCAGACUCUGCCAAAACCACCACCAUUACACAAUCAGUUGCCGCCACUCCAUCGACCGUGACAUCCUCUGCCCCUGCUGUUGAAGUCACAUCAGUCCCUGCCAUAACAAUCUCAACAGGAAUAUCAAAAACAGUUAGCGCUUUACCAGCGGUCACCACUACAGUGAAAUCAGUCACAACUAAAGCUACUGUGGCAAAGGAAUUGCCACAAGCUUCCGCUUUGUUUGAUUCUCUAACCUCUGCCCCAGCUAAUGUAACUUGCGCCCCAGCUACAGUAACAUCCAUCUUAGCUACCAUAGCCUCAGCUCCAUCUACAAAGAUGUCUGCCCCAGCUACAGUAAUCUUAGCUCCAACUACCAUAACUUCCACCCCAGCUACCUUAACGUCUGCCCCAGCCACCGUAACGUCCACCCCAGCUACUAUAACUUGCACCCCAGCUACCGUAACGUCCACCCCAGCAACCACUACUUGCACCCCAGUUAAUGUAACGUCUACCCCAGCUACUGUGACCUCCACCCCAGUUGCUGUCCAGGAGGUUUCAGCUACAGUUUCCCCCAAACCGGAGUCAGUAUCUUCCUCCACUACAGCAACAACAGUGACAACAACCGUAAAAACAUUCCAAGCAAGUCUGUCAAAAUCAACAAGUCCAAGCACAGUUCCCACUGCAAGUCCAGCCAUGUCUGCCUCAACACCAUCAGUAACUCCAACCAUGUCUGCUUCUACGACACCAUUGGUAACUCCAACCAUGUCUGCCUCUACAACUGCAUCAGUAACAACAGUUUCAUCAUCUGCUGCAAAUACAGCUCCAAGUUCUCCAGCUCAAGCAAGAAUUAAUGAGACAGCUACCAACAUCCCUACCAAACCGGUCGUAACCUCAGCACCACCAACAACGGUUCAGGUGGCUACACAGGCGACAGAUGUUCCAGCAAAAUCUCCUGCAACCCCAACCUGCACUUCAUCCCAGACUACAAUGUCUGCCAGUGUGACUCCCACAGCCAAGUCAAGGACAGUUACAGUAACGCCAUCAUCCCCAACAGAAGGAGUCCAAAUAAAAAUCCCUGUAGUAGCAGCCCCUGUCAUAGAAUAUUCAACUACCACUGCGUCAUCUGCAGGAAAGACUGUCGAGAUCACACCUCCAGUUACAACUUUCACAAGCUCUACAGCAGCACCAGUACAGGUUACCACAACAACAUCAUCCCUAGAAAAGUCCAUCACCGUUGCAACCACUUCAUCCUCGGAAAGGUCCAUUACAGUAUCAACCACAAGCAUUGUCACAACUACCCAAGUAUCUAUGACUACAGCCAUCCCCGUGUCCGUAGCAGCUACCACAGCUACCACAACCAAAACAGCUUCUCCUGUGUCCACACCAGUUCAGGAAGAGGCUCUCCCCCAGUUACCUACAUCUGCAUCCUCUAGUGUUUCAUCUGAGAAUCAAUCUUCAUGGAAAGAUCAGAAAGUAUCUGCAUCUACAAGUGACCUGGACAAGGUGACAGAAAUGGAGGUAGAUUCUGUGGAGGCUGGCAAGGAGGAGGACGACAAGGAGGAGGACAUCUGUAAGUCUCAGCCCAAAAGGAGAAAGGUGGAGAGUUCCUCUGAGACCAAAGAGUCGGGAAGCGAGGCACAGCCUGCAAUUGCCCCUCAGAAAGAAGAACCUAAGCAAGAAGCAGUGGAGCAAAGGCCAGUCCAGAAAAGGCCUCUUAGUCGCCAGAGUAGCCAGGAGUCUGCUCACUCCUCUUCGUCAUCAUCCGGGUGCUCUACAUCGACCCUCACCCGCCACGCUCACCACAAGAGGACUUAUGAGAACAGACAUCCGGCCAAGAAGAGGCGGAUGGAUGUCACGUCGGAAACAGCGGAGGAGAAAAUGGAAGAGGGUGGGGCAAAGGAAGAGGAAAGCAAGAAGGAGCUCACCACCUCUACUUCCCGGGGAAGGCAUUCCAGGUCUUCCUCCUCCUCCUCGGACUCUGACCACAGCGAGAACAGGAAGGAGCACAGGUUGACUCGCUCGGCCAAGCACAGACUACAAGAUCAGGAGCGGGAAAAGGGCAACAGCCGGCAAGGGAAGAAACCUGCGCCAAGCUCUGACAGAAAUGCAUCAAACAACACCAAUGCGUCCACAGGUGGAGAGUCGGGCAGUGAUACAUCUUCUGUCAGAAUCACCAGGAAGUCUGCAGGAGCUCAGCCUUCACAGGACAGUAAAUCUCAGACAAACAACGCGCCCUCACUUCCUCCUGAGCCCGAAGUUCUGGGGAAGAGGUGCUCGGCGCUCAACGCGGCGGCCAAGCUCCUCGCAAUGAAAGGCAGAGUGGAUACACCGGGACACACCCCUCGCAAAGACUCUGGAGCUAAGGCUGCCGGGACUCCCCCUGCCUCCUCUUCGGACAAGAACCAAAAGCCCAAAAGCAAAAGUGUACCCCCCUCUCCCCAGAGUAACUCCAUGAAUCUUACAAAUAACAAAAGCGGUGGCAGCAAACCCUCAACACCCAAUCAGACAAGCCGCCCUGCGUCCCGCUCCACAAGACAAUGCCCUGGAUCUCUGGUUCCACCCCUGGAAUUGGAGUACAGGCGAUCUAAAGUAGACGAUAAAGAGAGGGGGAAUCGGAAGUCGUCAGGUGGGAAGGAAGGCGAGACAGAGGCGCAGUCUUCAUCCCGGGGCCACAGUGCCUGCAGCAGCAUGAGCAGCGACUGCGAGGGUGGGCGCAGCAGCAGAAGCCGCAGCAGCAGCAACAGCAGCCAGCGCACCCACAGCAUUAGCUCCCAGAACACCGAGCACAGAGAGUCCCGUGCCACGUCCUCUGGCAGCGAGCGCGAGAGGGAUCGCAGCUCGGAGAGCAGAGACAAAAGAGACAAGCAGGGCCAGCACAGGGAGAGCCGCAAGGACAGAAGGUCUCAAAAGCUUUCGCAGGAGGUGACCAGCAGUUCAGGAACAGAGGGGACGCCGGACAGGGUGCUGCGGAGCGUUGCAGCACUCGCAGCGGUGCAGGCCCGAUCACCAGCCGCGAGCACCCGCUCCUCUUCUGGUCAACACCGUCACAACAAGACAUGAUCAGAGUGCCAAAGGGAAAAAAUGGAAGUGCCGUUGUAGAGCACGACACGAGAGCAUGUCAUAACCUCCAAGGUUGCUGCUUUGUGUGCACUCUUAACGAAUGCAAGGGAACAGAGUGCUGCACAAGCCAGGGACCUCCCUGCCUCUUGGGCCCUCUCCCUUUCGAAUUGGAGCUGGUCCUCUUGCCAGCUCAGCCAUUGUCAGCUGGGGGAAGGCUCAGGGAUGCCGGACUGAGAGUUAAAAAAAAAAAAAAAGUGGCGCCGUCGUUGUGCGUCCAUGAAUGGUCAUAUAAAGUACAGUGGAUAAAUUCACCACUGGGACUUGAGGGGGACAAAGGUGCAAGAGGUAAUAAAGGAAAGUUGUUAGUUCACAUUAUGUACUGUAAUCAUUUAAGACUGGAACACUCAGAUCUUGCGUUAAGAUGGGAUUAUACAGCACCCUCUAUUAGGGUCGUAAACGAAAAGUCAUUUGUGUGACGUUAAAAACGUAUGAGUGACCAGUUGUAUUGUAAGUUGGAGGUUUUAGAGAGUUUGGUUUUGAAGACUUCGUCAGCUGUCCUGACUAUUGUUUCUUUGUAGUCAGUUGAUAAGUUAUGCAUAUUUUAUUAUUUCUUCCAGGGUUUUGGGAAGAGACCAGAUCUGUCAAUGUGAUCUUUGCUGCACUAUGCUGGAGCUUGUCUUUGCUUGGGCCCCUUUUUUUGUCACGUCAGUUUUCUGUUCGUUGGAAUCUUUUUUUUUUUUUUUUUUUUUUUUUAAAUCCAGCCUUGCAUUUCUCAUUUGCACAUCUGAUAUCGUGGCCCUCGGCUUUUGAGUACAUUGUGGUGUAGUAAUAAGUUUUUAAAUCAACUUAAGUCAAUUAACUGGUUCUUGGUACCUCACGACGCAUCUCUACGAUUUGAAAACGUAUUAAUUGAAGUUGCAAAUUCAACAUCUGCUCGUCACAAGAGCAGCAAAAGAUAAAUUUCUUUUUCCUAAUCUUCCCAAAGGCAUUUAUAGUUACCGGUCCACUUUGUUGUGUAUUUAUAUCGAAAGGGCAAGUAAAUGUUAUUGAAAUUAAGAGUGCCUCUUUUGGCCAAAUGGGUUUGAACCUUAGAUUGCCUUGUGAAGCACCUGAAGCAGGGGUGUUGAGCUUCUCUCGUUAUUUAAAAAAAAACGCCAAAAGAAAAAAAAAAAAGAAGAAACCCGGAGAACAUCAAAAAAAGCACCCUGUGCAUCAGUGCUACCAAAUUAAUGUUUUAUUUUUCACCUGGAUUUUUUUUUGUCACCAUCACGUCAUUGCUCUUUGUUCAUGUAAAAAAAAUUACUUGGACAAAAAUAUGUGAAUAAAAUUACUGGUACAGUUCCAGAUGACUGUAAAUUGUCGAUUUACUUUGGGAGAGCUAUUUUGAGCAAAGGUGAUAUUUGGGGGGGCUGGGCGGGUCGGGGUAGUUUAUGGUGAUGGUCUUAUUUUUGAUUUGUCUCUCUUCAUUUGUUGCAUUCCUUUGAUCCCUUGUAAUUCCACAUUGUUUUACUUGAAAAUUUAAGACAAUUACAGUUGAAUAAAAAGACCAAAAAUUAGUUGACAUUUUUCAUUGUGUUGAAGGUUUUGUUUAAUUGUGGGUGAAAUACAGCGUCAUGUCAUUAUUAGAAAAAAAAACAACCAAAAAAUGUUUCUUGAUACUUUAACUCACAAGGUGUAAAAAUGCAAAAAAAAAAACAAAAAAAACUUUUCAGUCUGAACAGCGGAUGUGUGAACUUAACAAUUUAUGAUACAAGACAAACACAAAAUAAUAGAACACAUUUAUUUUAAAAACAAAUCUAUAUUAAAAUAAAUGAGUGUGUUCAACAGCCGGAAUAUUACACAGUAGUAAAGUCGCUGCUCUGCUCAUCAACCUUUUUCUUUGUUUUAAAAAGAGACUAAAGUAUGGAAGACCAUUUCUGCUAGAAAAAAGGAAAUUUAGCUUUGUGAUGCAAUAAAAAAAGGAGAAAACUUCCCAAAAUAAUUACUUGUUUAUCUCGAAAUAACGACUUAGUAUCUCAAAAAAUGACUUGAAAUUUCAAAAUAAUGAUAUAGUAUCUCAAUAACAAAGAAACCUCCAAUGACUUAGUGACGUUUUUAGCAUUACUGAGAUACCUAAUUAUUAUUUUGAGUUACGAAGUCACUGUUUUGGUAAAUUUUCUCAUUAUGUUACUAUACGUAGUCAUUUAUUUGAGAUAAUUUUGUUAUUUGAGGUACUUAUUAUUGAGAUAACGACUCAUUUUGAAAUAUAGACUAAUUAUUUUUCAGAAUCUAUUACUAUUUAAGACACUUGGUCUACUUUUCAGUUUCUCAUGUUACUAUACUAGAGCAUUUUGAGAUACUAAUUCAUUAUUUUUAAGAUGCUAGCUCAUAAAUUAUGAGAUACUAAGUCCUGUUUGAUAACAUUCUCAUUAUGUGGCCAUACUAGCUCAUUAAUUUGAGAUGCUAACUCGUUUGUCGAUUGUCAUUAUAUUGAGAUACCAAGUCAUUAUUUUAGUGUUUCUCCUGUUGCUAUAUUAAGUCAUUUUUGAGAUACUGACUCAUUAUUUUGAAGAUGGCUCUUUUUCCAUCACAGUGCUAUGCGUUUCUAUUUCUAUUUUCUUUUUUUACUGGCAGAAAUGAGCUUCCAUACUUGAGCAAAGACCAGACGACUUUUAACAAACAUUUUUGG